AUGACUUUGCUGAAGUCCCUCCUCCAGGUCUGUCCCGUCAGAGCUCGGUCACAUUCCUGCACUCACACACCAGCUCACUAGUAAACACUGAGGUCAACUAACAGCGGAUGAGGCUGAUACAAACCAAGUCAAUGAAUCCCUCCAACCUGAACUUCACUUUUCAUUCACCGGUUUCAUCGACUAAUUAAAGAGGCGGUUGCUAAGAGAUGACAAUCUGUGACAUUGGUGAGAGCCUCUGAUGUUAGAGCAGCCUGAAGCUCCACUUCUCCAGGAUCUCUUUCCUCCACACCUCCGUCUGUACCCGGCUCAUGUGAAGGACGCGGGAAACGCUCUCGUAUCAACAGACUCACAAAUAUACCAUGGCAGCUUUUACUGCUCCUUGUGCCACCGCCACUACCACGAUGACCACGGCCACGGUGGCCCGAACUGCUGCAUGGCAGAGGCAAGGGAGCGGCGACGAGGCGGGCAGAUGCGAGAACGGGGACGUGGGACAAAACACUAUCGUGGAGAAAACCCACGAGUUCUUCCAGAUGUGUGACAUCGAGAACAAGGGCUUCAUCAACCGACGUGACAUGCAGAGGCUGAACGCCGAGCUCCCUCUCAGUGCGGAGGAGAUGGAAAACGUAUUUGAUACCCUUGAUUCGGACGGCAAUGGAUACCUAACCCUGGAGGAGUUCUCCUCUGGCUUUAGUGAGUUUUUAUCCGGUCAGAAGAUUUCUGUGGAGGAAGGCAUGGGGGAGAGGAGCGCCUGUAAAAGCCCGGCGGAGGUCCUGUACCAGACCCAGUGGGAGGAGAGCCUGGCAAGAGGAGAUGAGGAUGAAGAGGAAAAACACUUUUGCAUGCUCAUGGAGAGCCUCGGGGCCAAAAGUGUCUUUGAAGAUCCCGCUGAGGUGCGCAGUUUGUGGGCCCAGCUGCGCCGUGACGAACCUCACCUUUUAUCCAAUUUUGAGGACUUCCUGGCCAGAGUGACGUCCCAGAUCAAAGAGGCCGACCAAGAGAAGAGGGAGAUGGAGAGCGCUCUAAAGAGGAAAGCAGCAACACACGAUAAUGAGAUCCAGUGCCUUUAUGAGGAAAUGGAGCAGCAAAUAAAACAUGAAAAAGACAGGAUUGUGCUGCAGGACUAUGAGCGCUUCCUGUCUCGCAGUCAGGACCUGGAGCUGCAGCUGUCUGGUAAGGAGAAAGAGCUGGAUCUGCUCUUUCAGAAACAGAGACGGACGGAGCAUCAGUGCAAGGAGCUUCACAGUGAGCAACACGUGACCAAGGUGGAGAACGUGAAGCUGAAGCACAAGAAUGACGAGUUAGCGCGGGAGCUGGACCACACCAGCCAAGAACUGAUGUUGGCCCAGGACCAGCUGAGUCUGCUGCAGGAUCAGUCCACACGGCUUCACGAGGAGAAGGAGAUUGAAAUAUACAGACUGACUGAGGGACUCCAGCGAGAGCGAGCAGGCCUCCUCAAACAACUGGACCUUUUGAGGGAAAUGAACAAACAUUUACGUGAUGAAAAGGAUAUACGCUAUCAGAUUCCAAAGAGUUCUAUGAAAACACUGAGUAUGAAGCAGAGGCCUUCAAUCAAUCUUGUGAAACACACAAAAACAAAUAUCUUCAGAAGUGAGGAUGAGGAGGAGCAGACCACCGGCUCUGUGAGGCACCACCUCGCCAAUGGGUCAUGCCAAUCAAGAGGGCACCUCCAGAGGAUCAUCUCCAUCGAGGAGGACCACCUCCCGCACUUGCUCCAGAAUGACUGUCAGGCCCAAACCCCACUUCAGGAGUGCAGUGAAAGAGAGGAAGCCUCGGACGAGGAGGAGAAUAUAGACUUGGUGAUGAGCGAUAUUUACCCGUGCAUGUCUUCUGCCCAGCAGCAGAAGACGAAGGCAGAUGUGGAGAAAAGGGAAACCCCCACAUCUCCGAGGGGUCAGCCUGUUGGCAAGGAGACCAGUAUAACUGUAAGCAAGAAGGCAGUUACUGAGGAAGGUGGUCCCUCGCAGCCCGACCGCCUCUUCAAGAUCGUCCUGGUGGGGAACUCCAGUGUAGGAAAAACCUCUCUCCUUCGGCGAUUUUGUGACGACUGCUUCCACCCGGGCACUUCUGCUACUGUGGGUAUAGAUUACAGUGUAAAGACAAUAGCCGUGGACAACAGCCAGGUGGCACUGCAGUUGUGGGAUACAGCAGGACAGGAGAGGUUUCGGAGCAUCACCAAACAAUUCUUUCGCAAGGCUGAUGGCGUGGUUGUGAUGUAUGACAUCACAGCCGUGCAGAGCUUCACCGCUGUCAGACAGUGGCUGACGAGUGUAAAGGAGGGCGCGGGUGAAGACAUCCCCAUCAUGCUCUUGGGAAACAAAACGGACAAGGAGAUUGAGAGACAAGUUCAGAAAGGAGUGGGCGACAGACUAGCCAAGGACUGCCAAAUGGCUUUCUAUGAGUGCAGCGCGUGCUCCGGACACAAUGUGGUGGAGUCCAUGAUUCAUUUAGCCAGAAUCCUGAAAGAGCAAGAGGACAGAGAGAAGGAAAAGACGGUCCAGCUGGUCGGAGGCCCCUCAGAGAAGAAGAGAUCCUGCUGCUAACGGUUAAAAACAGUGAACACAUACAUGUAGCACUACCCUUUACUAAGAUACACAACAUGAUAGUGGGACCACAUGAACCACAUGAGCUCACAUUAUUCUGGAUGUCUUCCACCUCGUGGCACUCUGGGUAAACACAGCACCAGAAUAAAUACUGUAUGUAUGUCACGUGUCACGGAUGUCAUUGCACUAUUUAUAAGCAGUAUGUUUAACCAAGUUGUUUGCAGUUUGAAAA